GAAAUGUACGGAUAAUUUAUAUGUAUAUACAUAUCAUAUCUAAUUAUAUGGGUGUUAUAAUUAAACCAAUUCUAUUCCGAAUUAUAAAAUCUUAUCAAGUUCCCUUGACAACUUCUUAUCCAUUUAAUACAUCAAGUCAAAUAUUGAUUUUAAAUUCUAAUGAUAUCUAUCGAAAUUUAGCUUUUGAAGAAUGUUUAUAUCAUGAAAGUGAGAAACACUUGAAAUAUUUAAAGGAUAAACCAUCAUGGUUUACAAAAAUUUUAUUAUGGCGUAGUAAUUCUUGUAUUGUAAUUGGUCGAUUUCAAAAUGUUUGGAAAGAAGUGAACAUUCCAUUGUUACAUUCUAAUGGUUGGAAAUUAGCUAGACGUCAUUCUGGUGGUGGUGCUGUUUAUCAUGAUCUUGGUAAUUUAAACAUAUCAUUUAUACAGCCUAGAUGUUAUAUGGAUAGACAGAAAUGUAUGGAAUUUUUACAGUCAGUUUUACAACCAUUAUUAAUUCCUUCAAAUUGCUCUAUACAUAUUGGCAAUAGAUAUGAUUUGUGGAUUUCAGAUAAUCAAACUAAUACAAAUACAUUGCAAAAUAUGUCAAAAAUAUCCGGCUCUUCAUCGAAAUUCGGUGCUAAUAUGGCAUAUCAUCAUUGUACAUUACUUUUUGAUGCAAAUUUAAACAAUUUAUCUGAAGUACUGAAACCAACUUUUAUAAAUUUAAAAACCAAAGCAACUGAUAGCAUUCGAAGUCCAGUGAAAAAUUUAAAUUUAAACAUUGAACUACUUUUAAAUACAAUCAUUGAAGAUGGUUUAAAAUGGAUAUCCAAAAAUGAUUUGAUUACAUCUAACCCUGUUGUAACCAAUAUAUUGGAAGGUCAAGAACAUCAAUUUAUCCAUUCAAUGAAAGAUUUUCAACAAACAUUAACAUUAUCACAAACAUGGUCAUGGAUUUAUGGUAAUUCACCAAGUUUUCAAUUAGCAUUAGAAAAUUAUGAACCUAAUCUAUCUUAUCUUACUAAUCAAUUUGGUUCCCUUGUCAUAGAUUGUAGUCGUGGUGGAGUUUUUAAAUCUAUUGGAUUUGAUCAUUCUCAUAAUUGUAAUAUAGAUCCUUUAUUGAAAGAUUUUUUAUCAGAGUUAACUAUAUGCCUUGAUGGUGCAGAAUGUCGAACUAAUUCAUGGGAUUUUAUAUUGGAUCAAUUUGUAUCUAAGAGACUAAUUCAAUUGAAUGGUGAAAAUAUGUCUAAUGAACAAGUGUUAAUAAUUAAGGCGUUAAAAAUGAUUUCUAGUCUAUUUUAAUACGAUUUUUAUUGAUUAAAAUCAUAUUUCUAGUUUACUUUUAUUAUGGAACAUAUUAUGUACAA